UAUUCUGUAGUCAGUUCGGAUUUGCUUUCGUAGUGGAUUUGUUGUGCCGCAAAUUUCAGAAAAUACUUCGAUAACAAUUCUCAACUAUCGUUGUACUUUGUGGAAUUAAUUUUUGUCCAGUCAUUAAUUGUAGUGAGAACAUUUCUGGGUUAUAUUGUAAUUUUAAACUAAUUGUACAAUAAUUUGUCGUUUUACAUUCCUUGUGUAUCGUGAAAACUUGUGGACCGUGAGAGUUGAAAACUUGGUAACGAAUCUGCCAUAUAAAAUGCUACCGAGGAAAAAGGAAAUGAAGUGGAUAAUUAUAACAGUAUUAUGUCUAGUCAAAACUUCGUUGCAACAUGGAUCCGGGGCUCCACCUGGAGCUUGUUUGGAUCAAAUGCCACGACACAGCAACAUACUACCUCAGUCAUCGGUGCCUCCAUACGCGAUUUCGACGUCUUCUGCCCAAGUGAGGCAGGGUGACAGCAUCAAUGUUACAAUUGGAAGUCCUUUCGGGGCUCCAGUCCCUAUUGGCGGGUUUAUAUUGCAGGCUAGGGCUAUACAGAAUACAGAACAAAUAAUAGGCAAGUUCACAUCAGUCCCACUUCCUGAGACAACACAGAUUAUAAGCUGUCGCGGCAACAACGACACGGCGACUCAUUCAACGCCAGAAGAUAAACCACCGCUUUCUUUUACCUGGGAAGCACCUGCUGACUUCUUGGGUGGUGUCGAAUUUCGUGCUACAGUCGCCCAGAGCUAUGCAACAUUUUGGCGUAAUGUCGAGUCGUCAUUAGUAGAAGUGGUAAGACCUGACACGGAGAUCACCACUUCUUCUCCAGCUUCCAGCACCCAGAAAACCACACAAGAACCCCCUGUUAUUAUGGAGUCGAAGCCAAAGACAACUCCACCCCCUCUAGAUCUAAUCUACCAAGGCUGCGCAGACACAAAAUUAUGCUUCGGCGUACCUCAAAACUGUAUUUCAGCUGGGAACUGCAAAGCAAUCGUCUCAGUGUUUGUCGCUGGUGACGUCUACACAUUCGAAAUUCAGGGCACAGAUAAUCCCAAAUAUGUUGCCGCUGGUCUGAGUACGGAUAAUAAAAUGGGCGAUGACAGUGCAAUGGAGUGCGUAAGAAAUGAAAAUGGGCGAGUUAAUUUAUACACAUCAUGGACGUAUCCGAAAGAAGAGCCAUACGUCAAAAGGUCCGACUCGUCACAGGAUAUAGUGCAAUUACUAGAGUCAUCGACAAUAGAUGGGAAGUUGUAUUGCAAGUUUAAACGGGACGUAGUCUCUGUGGUUAAAGGGCAGACCUUCGAUUUGGCGAAUAAUAAGUACUACUUGAUGGCGGUUUCCGGUGCUUCUAUGAAAGAUGCCGAACGCGUAGGCUUCCAUACUUUAGCUUACGAGUCAACUGGCGAGCCUCUCUCACUAGCUAGUGUAGGAGCUGCGGCUGGAUCGUCAAAGCUAUUGCUGAAGUUACACGGUUCCUUUAUGUUGAUCGCUUGGAUUGGUACUGCCUCACUGGGAAUUGUUUUGGCAAGGUAUUUCAGAAAAACUUGGGUGGGAAAAACAUUGGGUGGAAAGGAUAUCUGGUUCGCUUAUCACAGAAUACUUAUGGUGGCGACUUGGUUACUAACAGUGGUUGGCUUUAUACUGAUCCUUGUGGAGGUGGGAGGGUUCGCAACCACCGGAGAUAACCCUCACGCUAUCACUGGACUCAUCACUGUCAUACUGUGCUUCCUACAACCAAUUGGUGCAUACUUCAGACCUCACCCGGGUACGCAGAAACGUCCAAUAUUCAACUGGGCACACUGGCUGCUUGGCAAUGCUGCUCAUAUUUUAGGAAUAACAACAAUAUUCUUCGCCGUGUACCUUCAGAAGGCUGAGUUGCCGCCGUGGACAGUUUUUAUUUUAGCUGCGUUUGUUGUUUUCCAUGUCAUUAUGCAUAUAAUACUCUCGUUAACGGUGUGCGUAUCUGAAGGCCGUAUCAGCAACGGCCGUGUUAACUCGUUCCCAAUGAAAGACAUGUUAGGGCAUUCCAGACAAGUCAGUGCGGUCGACCGAAGCUCUGACGCGCCGUUUGCCGGCUUCAGAAAACAUCUUCUUGGAGUUUACGCGCCAAUAAUUUUAAUUUUUGUUGUAGCCGUUGUUUGUUUAGUAGCUUUAUCUCCGGUAGGAGAUUUAUAGUUCUAUAACGGGUGCUUAAUUAUGCAUGCAUAACGAGUGGGUUUGUGUGUCGUCUCGAUAUAGAAUUCUUAAUACAACAAUUAAACCUUACAAAAUACUAAACAGUAAGAAAUUAUGUUAUCAAUUGGCUUGAGUACUAGCAUUAUUGAGAUAAAUUAAUAUAACAAAUAUUGAUUAUUUGUCUUAUUGUAUGAAGCAAUAGAGAUUGUGUAUUAAAAAAAAAACAUGUUAAAAUAUCAAUCUUGUUUGUGGAUUUUGGAAUCGAUUACAGAGAAUUACCUUGGAAACUACGUAUUUGACGUUUACGUUGGUGAUUUUAAUCUUAAUUCCAGGCGGAGGCUUUUCUUGGAAUUCACAAAUACUUUAUUAAUAAGUUUUAAUUAUAUUAUAUUUAUCGGUUAGUUUUCAAUUUACUUUCCAAUGGAACAGGAAUGUAUUAACAUUCAAUAUGUUUAUAUGCUUCUAAUGCUUGAAGACCUAAUAAUAAGUUCUUAUGUUAAGUUAAGCACAUCCAAUAACUGUAUUUAAAUCUUUAGCACAAUGAAAUCUUGUCGUUCUCGUUCGAAAAAUUAUACUAUAAAGUUACUAAAAUUGAUCAAAUUUUUCAAAUACUAUAUAUGUGAAGAACGGUUUUAUUAAGAAAAUAUCGGUAUGAUUGUAUACAAACCCACCCAAUCCACCAAUUUAUAUAUCUUAAUCAUAAAGCAUUUCGUUAGAUCGACUAUUCUUUGGGCGAUAGUUGCAUUAAAAAAGCAUUUUUUUAAUUGUUGGUUUAGCGAAUCAGGAGUUCAUGAUUGUUUAAAUAAGUUUCGGACUCAGUACGAAGCAGAACCGCGACGACAACGAUUGUAAUCAACUAUUAUCAAUAUAACAAUGAAAUUGUCGUCUAUUGUUAAUUUUCAUACUUAUUAUAAGCAUGUUUGGACACAUUUACUUAAGUGUAUGAGCUCUUUAAUAAACUAAGAAUUUCAUUUUGUUAAAAUUUAUAAUUUUGUAAGGUACUUUACUUACUUUUUAAUACUUACUAGGUAUUUACAGUUUAGCUUGAAAAGCUAAAUGAAUAUACCAGUACUUGUCCGUCCAUAAUUUCUGUGAUUCUGUACAAGUUACAAUUAUGAGCAUCAUUUAAAAUUUAAUAUGAAGGUUGUAAACCCUUAUUUAUUCUAUUUAAAAACACAUGUUUCUUAUA